AUGAGCGGCUAUCCACCGACAGCUGGAUCCUCGUCGAACGCAUCCGGACCCGCGUCGACAGCCGACGACCCCUAUGCGCCCUUCUACUACUGGGACGCCAGUGCCAACAACUGGGCCUUUGACUACACCUCAUACUACGCCACAUACGGCUACCCCGCCGACUACUACACAGCAUCUGGUGGUGACGGUGCCUCUUUCUCUUCCACAGCUGCUGCAGCAUACUCGGAUCCAUCAUCCGCAGCGAAUCCGUAUUACUUCGACUACCAAAACCAACAGCAGCAACAGCCGCAGCAACCACCAACCGCACCAUACGACAGCGUCGUCGACCCAUUCGCACCCGCAUCCUCAUCCUCCGCCGCCGCUGCAUCCAAAGAAGAAUCGCGCUACGACGAGCACGGACGCAUCAUCCCGGGCAAGCUGCGCAAAGGCGAAAUGCGCCCCACUGUGCUGCGUCGAGCAGCCGGGAAACUCUGGGAAGAUCAAACGCUGCUCGAGUGGGACCCAUCCCACAAAAGGUUGUUUGUCGGCGACCUUGGCAACGAUGUAUCGGACGAAACCCUCGCCGCCGCCUUCGACAAGUUCCCCUCCUUCAGCAAGGCCCGCGUCAUCCGCAACAAGGACGGCAAAGCAAAGGGCUACGGCUUUGUCGCCUUCGCCGACCCAGAGGACUUUUUGAAAGCCUGGAAACAGAUGGAUGGCAAGUAUAUCGGAAGUAGACCGUGCAGGCUGAAGAAGGCCGCCGACGUCGUCAACCCUGUACAGAUCGGCGCGAGGAAAGAUCGAUUGCUGGCAAUCAGUGCCAAGCAAGAUCGUCAGCAGUACAAACAAAAGAUGGGGGGAGCAGUGGGUAAGAAUUUGAGACGGGUCGGCAAGUGA